CUAUGCGGUAGUUGUGUGUUUGGUUGAUUAGUGCUAAUCAGUACUUUAAAUACCCAUCUAUAUAUUCUUUACACAUUCAUCCAUUCAUUCUUCAAUAAUAUUGAGACAAACAACAUAGCCAUGGGCAUUAAAACAACCUAUUUCUGCUUAUCUUUUUUCCUCCUUCAAGUGAUCAAGAGAGAUGUCCUAGCAUCGGAUCCCGAUCCUCUCCUCGACUACUGCAUCCCGAUUCCAGAAUUUUCAUCUAUUUUCCCGUCAUGCAAGAACUCGACAGUCGUCACCGUUGAGGACUUUGUCUAUUCAGGCAUAAAAGGCCCGGGGGACUACAAGCAUACCGGGUUUGCUGCGAAUCAGGUGAACUCAGCUGUCUUCCCGGGCCUACACACGUUGGGCGUGUCGUUUGUUCGGGCCGAUUUUGACGUUGGGGGCGUCAACGCGCCACACUUACAUCCGCGGGCCACGGAGACAAUGUUCGUGCUGGAGGGUAGGAUCUACUCGGGGUUCGUUGAUUCCUCGAAUAGGGUUUUUGCGAGAGUGCUGGAGAGAGGGGAGGUGAUGGUGUUCCCAAGAGGAUUGGUUCACUUUCAGAUGAAUGUCGGGGAUUCACCCGCGGCUAUACUAGGGAGUUUUAAUAGCCAAAACCCGGGGCUCGUGAAACUCCCCAGUGCCCUGUUUGGAAGUUCUAUAAGAGAAGAAUUGUUGAUGAAGAGUUUUGCACUGAGUGAUAAGGAAGUUGAUAGAUUGAGAAGGAGGUUUCUUCCUCAUACAUAGGUGGUAGGAUACAUAACUUUCGCGAGUCGUAUCCUCACACAUCUAUUAUCUUCAUGGUCUCUUGAGUGUUGAUUAAUAUAUUUGAAUUUUAGAAAGUAUUUCAUUUGAUUAGUGUUUUAUACUUCUUUAAAUGUAAUGACAUGAGAUGACAAUUACCAUUAAGCCAUUAAGGUACUUUGUUAAGGAAAGAUUGCCAAUAAGGUAUAGAAUGGGGU